CGCAAAAUUUGUUUUGACAACUUGUUUGUUUUGUUCCGCGUUCACUCCCAAAACCAGAGAAAAAGAGGAGAAUUUGGUUGUUAUUUUCUUUGAAUUUCCCGCUUUGCCGCCGAAAGAAAGCGUCUAAACUAGAUUGGCACGCCCUGCCUUCCGCUGGAGUCCCCGUUGGCCAUGUCGGAUCCCCACGACGAGCUGUGCCCGCCCAACAACCCGGAAGAUGACGAGCUUACCCUGCCCCGGGCCAGCAUCAACAAAAUCAUCAAGGAAUUGGUUCCCUCGGUGCGGGUGGCCAACGAGAGCCGCGAGCUGAUCCUGAACUGCUGCACCGAGUUCAUCCACCUGGUCAGUUCGGAGGCGAACGAGGUGUGUAACCAGCGGAACAAGAAAACCAUCAACGCCGAGCACGUCCUCGAGGCGCUCGACCGGCUCGGCUUCAAGGACUACAAACAGGAGGCGGAAGCGGUGCUGAACGAUUGCAAACAGGUCGCCGCGAAACGGCGGAGGCAAAGCACCCGGCUGGAGAACCUGGGCAUCCCCGAGGAGGAGCUGCUCCGGCAGCAGCAGGAGCUGUUUGCGAAGGCCCGCGAGGAGCAGGCCGCGGCCGAGCAGCAACAGUGGUACAGUCUGCAGCAGAAUGCGGAACUUUACCAGCGGCAAACGUCGCAGGACGAGGACGAUAGCGAUGACUAUUAAGGCGGGGGGAGGGGGAAGUGAACUUCGUUCCGGAAGAUGGUUCCGGAAAAGUGAAAAGCAAACGGAUUUGAAGCACGGACUAAACAGAACCUUCAUUGAGAGAAUGCUUUGAUGGGUAAGCACUUUGUAAUUGUGGAAGCAUGGAAGUAAGCUGAUAUUAAAGGAAUUGGAAUUGAA